AUCAUCUCCAGCGCUUGUGGAAUCUCGUCUCGGUUCCGUUCGUGACAGACCCGAGUCUCUGUUUCUUGACAUCGAUUGACUGUCUUCUAUGAGGCCUUCAUGAUGGGCAGAGACUCACCUCAAGGCCUUACGGCAUCUGACUUCCAUCACCAGCCCUACGUCAACCCACUCGAUGUUUUUCCGUCGAAAUCCCGGCUAACCGGACGGACUCAGACUUACAGGUCACCGAUAAGAGGUCAAGUGUCGUCUCGAAGUCCCGCCAGAUAUGCCACCGAGUCUCACAAGUUCGGCUGUUGCGGCGGGAACGAAGCGCUUCCCUUCCGCCCAUCGAGUGGCCUCAACAAUUACGUGACCGACGACAGCCCGGGGAGUGGCCUGUUCGAUGUCCCACCGUCUUCCAGCAGCCGCAAUGGCUCACUCCAUACCUCACCGAGUCCGAUGGACUGCGAAGACUGUGUGGACGACUGUGACGACUGUGUGGAAGAACACGGAAGAUAUCAUGAACAGGACGGCACUCCCGAUCAAUUCGUCGAUGACUGCCAAGAGUGUAAUGAGGCUCAAAUCGACCAUCAACACAAUGACCCGGCUUGCACCGACACCUGCGAUGAGUGUGAUUUUUCCUGCUUCGACUGCAUUGACUGGAACGAUUUUGAACACGACAAAUCCCUUGGACUUUCAUUCUCCGUUCCGUUGCUUGGAGAGAACAGCUUUCCAGAGCCCGAGCCACAAUUCGACGAGAAUGACUUGCUCAACUUUCAAGAACCCGACUUUUCAAGUAUGCAACCGGGUGCCAUGGCACCACCUCUCGAUGUGCCCAUGCAUCAUCAAUGUCUCGGCGACACCAUCCCCUACUGGGACAAUUUGACUCAGGCACAGCUCUGUACUGGCACACCCGGACCAGCUCAACAAUUCCCGCUCCCACCAUUCGGCCUAGAAUUCGGAUGCCACCCUGCGACCGCUCACCAACAACUCCCUCUCCCCGAUCUUCCGCCCAUCACCACUAAUCCUACCAUAUACCCAGCAGCACCGCAGGCCGACAUCAAGCAAGAAUCCCAACAUCCUGCCCAGCCCAGCGACACCCCGCUAGCCAAAACAUCAGACCUCCUUGCUGCUAUUACGGCACCUCCCACAUCCCGCGCCUGCCAAUGGCUCAUGCCUUGCGGCACUGUGUGCGGCGCAUCCUUCGCCUCGGCGACCGAUCUCAAAAAGCACCUGAAAGCAGUCCACCUCGUCAAGGGCGUGACCAAGUGUUCCUGGCAGUCCUGCGACUCGGCAACAUUCGCCUCCGAAGCCGCCCUCACAGGCCACAUCUCCAAGAAACAUCUCGCUCCCAUGCUUGCUUCCUCCGCUGCUGCACCUUCAUCCAACGCCACCAAGGCCGACGGCACGUCAAGCACCGCGAGUGCAAGUGCAAGAGGCGAAGGAGGCCCGUUCAAAUGCACUUUCCCCGGCUGUCUUAAGAGCUUCAUGUACAAGCAAGUCCGCGACGAGCACGUGGCAAGCUGCCACCAGGGCAACAAGAUGUACUGUCACAUCUGCGGACAGUAUCUGAACGGCGAGGGUAGCAAUUUCAAACGCCACAUGGCCACGCACAGACCCAAGCACCAGCAUAUGCUGUGCAAGUUCCACGGUUUGGGGUGUAAGAGGAGGUUUCCCCGCCUCGAUAAUCUGCGCAGGCAUGAGGCUUGUUGCAAGUUUGGAAAGAAGGCCGCUCUGGCUGGCGGUGCUGCCGGAGACGAGACGAAGCAUCAUCACCACCAUCACCACGUCCACGGUGCGAAAGCGGAAUGAUGACAUGAUAUUAUGCAACGAGGUGGCAAUAGUGCAUGCACACACUGGGGGUAACGUCAUAAUCAUGUUUAUCAUCGUCCUGUCCAUGAUCCAGAGGUCCAGGCUUGAGCAGAUGGUUAUUUUAUUCGUACCUAGACUGAGGACGAAAGGAUCAAGCCACCUGGUCUUUGCUGCGACGGGUGAAGUUAGAAGAGAAGUGGUUAAUGUGGUAAGCGAACGAGCCCGCUUUCGUGCAGCAUGAGGGAAAGGGGUCCUGUGAAAG